AUGGUCUCGCCAUCCCUCGUCCCCUUCAUCACCCAAUGUCUCAUCUCCCUCCUCUCCGUCCUCAUCACCAACUUCAUUCUACCACAUAGAAGUAACAGCAUCGCCACGACGAGUCUCGGUACUGCGAUCCUAGGCGUGAUAAUCUACACAACAAGCCGCUUCUCCAACCUGACGGAACUCCGUCUCUCUCCCACAUCGAGCGCAUUCCUCUCCGCAGUCUUACUAUCUCUUCACGACACGAUUCCCUACCUCUUAAAGGUCAUGGUUUUCUUAACGAAUGAACCGUACGCUUUAGACUCGUCUCAAGCGUCCUUCAUACAUUUCCUCCUUGCAUAUCUCGUCCUCGAUGAUCUAGAUUUCUACCAAAAAUACGCGCUCCACCUCUCUAAGAAGCGGGAGAGAAACGGCGGAGCGCAAAGACAGGAAGUCGAGGGACAGGAGGAAACUAUAGAAGAAGAAGGAAGAAUGUGGUGCAUAUCAUGGUUCCUCAUGAUCUUUCACGCGAAUACUGAUCCCUCUUUCCAGCACUCUCGAGACCCGCUCGCGUACCAUUGUGGACCACUGGCGGUGGGGGAAACACCAGUGAUGGAUCGUUUCGACGAGCGGAUUGGAGGAAGCAAGUGCCGUGAUGAUGUCAAUGGGAGGGGGAGUUUGGAGAAGAAUGGGAGAGGAAAGACUGUCGCGAGAUUGCUGUGCAGAAACUCAAUUGUGAGACGGAUGGGGUUUCUAGCCAUGUAUUACGGCAUGCAGGUGCUCGUUAUGUAUUUCAUCAAAGCAGGAACCAACCCUCCAUCCGGUGGUUGUAAGGAGAGCAUUUGGGAAAUACUUGUUGGGGUGGGCGUGUUAUUUGAUACGCCAAAUCUGUGGACAUGGUGGGUUGAAGUGUUGUUGUUAAGAGUCGUUAGGAUGGGAAGUUGCGUGGUUGUUUGGAAGGGAAUCGAUGCGUGGAGGGCUGUGAGGAGGCGAAGAGGCCCCAAAAUUGUUCAAGGUAGACUAGAAGGGUGGUGUAAAGAUGGGAGGUGGAUGGAGUGA